AUGGCCAAUCGGAGCAAUCUACAAGUCACAUUCUCGAAACGCCGCGCCGGUCUUUUCAAAAAAGCAAGCGAGCUUUGCACUCUGUGCGGCUCAGAAGCCGCCAUGGUUGUCUUCUCACCGGCCGACAAACCCUAUUGCUUCGGACAUCCCAACGCCAAAACGGUGUUUGAUAGGUUCAUGAAAACAGAGAGUGAGCACGACGCGGAUCAUAACGACAACUCGAUGCUCCCUAACGAUGCGACCCGACUGAUCAUGGAGGCGCACCGUAACUCGAAUAUCCGGGAGCUCAACUUGGAGCUGACCCAAUUGGAGAGUAUGCUGAGGGUGGAACGGCAUCACGGGGAGGAGAUCGACGCGAUCCGGAAGGCCGGUGUGCGGCAGCGGUGGUUCCCGGGGACGUUCGACGAGUUCGAUUACAACCAGCUCGGCAUGCUCAAGGAGGCUAUUAUGGGGUUCAAGAACAGCUUUGACGAGAAGAUGCGCAACAGGAUCAACUAUGCGCCGUAUGUCAAUAAUUGCGCGAUCCCGAUUGGUUACGUCGGAGAAAGCUCUAACUCUAAACCUAACCCGAACCCUGAUCAGCCAUCGUCGUCGUCGGAGCACGAUGGUUGCGGUUGGUCGGGAUGA